GUGUCAUAUUUUUAUAUCCCGUCAAUUUUUUUGAAGUGUUUUCUCGAACUCCUAUUUUAAGAUUUUGAAACAUGGAGUUCGAAAAUAGGACAUUCGAAACAACAUACAGAGGAAGUUAUAUUCGUCAAAAACUACCUCCCCUCAUCAAAUAUAAGAGCCACCAAGAAUUUAAAGAUCCUAUCGCUGAAAGCUAUAAACAUUAUCUCUCUACAGAUGCAGGGAAUGAAGAGGACAAAAUAGAAAACUGUCACAGUUUUGUGAAGAAAUAUAGUGAAAAACGCCCAAGAAUUGCAGAAAAAUACUUCAAGGUGCCCAUGAAUACUACAGUUGUGGAUGAAAAGGAAGCUUUUGAGAAGAAGACUGCCUAUCAUCAACAUUUUUGUUCAUUCGAUGGAUACGAAAAAUUUCUUCCACCUAAGGAGAAACCAAGAGUUCCACUGCCAGAGGGUUGGGUAGAAGGCACUACCACGCAGAAAUGGUCUUACAGAAACCCAGUUAUUUUAUUCCCGAAUAUUUAUAGAACCAGGCCUACUUUAUUCAAGCCAUUAUGUGAAAUGGAUGAAGCAUACAAACAUAGCCUGAAAAGGCAGAAUAUAAGCGAACUAGAAGGAGUAAUAGGAGAUCUAGGAAGAUUUGUUUUGGAAAAUGAAAUGCACGGACCUAUUUCAAAAUUUGACCUAUGAACUUUUUUCAAAAUCUCUGAAUUUUAGCCCACCAAUAAAAAACACUGCAAAUUU